AUGUCCAUUUCCAGAUCCUCCGAUAACACCAGCACUGUGAUCAUGGCCGGAAGUGCGGACGCCGCUGUAAGUGUAGCAUCCGCCCAGAAACGGCUGUAAAUAGCCUCAUGGGUCCCUGUUUACUGCCGCCCUUGUUUUGCCAGUAAUGAGCGGGAGUAAAGAACCUCUGAGCAACGUGAUUUAUGAGAUUAGGGGGCGAUUAUUGCGUAACAAUGAGAUUAUCCCGUAAUCAAAAAUUACGGAAAGAUAAAUUAUAUAAUAGAAGGUCUGGGACGAUAUUGGCCAUCGUUUUAUUCGAAUACCAGUUGUUUUCGGCUUCAUUUGGCCCUUAAUUUGGGGUUCUGAGCGGCAUGCCCUGAGGGAUAACAGUCAGUUGAUGAGGAGUUUGUAAUUUCAGAAGAACUUUCUCGAAUCUGCCUUCAACAAGACCAAGGAGGUAGUGUCGACGGCUGGUAAGUUACACUUGGGGUGAUUCACGAGCUUCUUCAGGUGAAAGUGCCAAGGGAUUCGCGAAUGUGGCCAUAGAGAAUGUCCAGAAGAUCAUCCCCGGCCAGCAGCCAGCCGCUCAACCCGAAGCCGCCGCCGAAGCCGCGCCCGCUCCCGAAGCCGCGGCUAGCCAAUGA